GAAGUGACAAACGGGACAAACGGGGCUUCAACUACUGUAAGCUUUCUGUCCUGGGAAGUCGUGCGUUGCACGAAACGAAAAGAAACCAAUUCCUACGGCCCAUCCGGCUUCCUGUGCAGUUACGUAGCUUUGCUGUCGCAUGGUAGCGUUGUGAGCAUCUCGUGAGCAUCGCCCUACGCGCUGUCUCGGACCAUCCGGCCAUUCUCACGGCGGCGCUCCGGCGAAGCGUCUCACUUCUUCAUAUUGAGCCUCUACUCCCCUGCACUCAACCGCCUGUUAUAUCAUGGGAAAAAAGAAACGAGGCGGGGCUCCCGGUUUCGGUCUUCGAGGACAUCCAGCCCUCCCUCCCCGUGCGUCGUCCAGUGCGUUGGACGAUAGACGAGACAAAGGAAGACCAGGUGCGGGCGGGUCUGUUGAUAGAAGAGGAUCGGACGACAGAGGAGGAUCGGACGACAGAAGAGGGAGGGCCAGUUCCAUUGCCGAGGAAUCGUCCAACGACCGCCGCGUGGUCCCAACCCGACGAAGCACCUUAGACGAGUUCCCCGCGUCCCGACAAGCGAUACGACCGGACAUGGGCAGCAACAUCGCAUUGAAGCGGAGGGGAAGCCCAGAGCCAGAGCCAAGGGCUGAUAGUUCUAAACAUACGAGGCUCGACCGAAGAUCUUCAUCACCCGCUCGGAGAUCGCUUGAAAGGGAUCUUGCCGCACCCGUACCAACUUCAGCGAAAGCCGUCUCUUUGCCGGAUCUUGAGCUGCCUGUCAAAGACACGGAUGAGUCCACCAUCUCAUCUGCCGUUUACCAGUUAUGCAAGGGCCGACAGCAAUUUGUUGCCAAUGUUGGCUUCGCGGAGGAUAGCAAGCGGUCACCAAAUGUCACGACGUUCCUGGAAGAUGUGCAAUCUGGUGGAACUACGCCUUCCUUGUUCCUAAAGAAGAUGGUGCCGCUGAGCCACCUGAAGGGGUCCUUGAUAUCAACUACCGCAAGGAAAACUUGUGGAUUCUCGGCGCUCACGCUUGAGAAACCAAGUACAGACGCCCUCAAGUCUGUUCAAGCCCUUGUUCGCUAUCUAUCGGCUAAACAGCGGGUUGGCGUAAUAUCCCUCAGAAGGUUUACACUCUUUGUACUGCCUACUAUUGAGCUUGGAACGAUGGGCGAGGAGGAAGUGGAUGCGGAGAUCUUUCCGCUAUUCUGUGUCAUCGCCGACAAAGCGAAAUCGCCACGUACCCUGACUUUGCAACGGAACAAGAUCGAGCUGAAGACAAUAAGCCCACUGCUGGCAUAUUCAGACUUCGUCAAAACCCAUAUAAUGCUUGUGCAGAAGUUGCCUGAAAAGACAAAUUGGCUGGUUGAGGGCAAGCGUGUUCAUGUCUACGGGCCUCACGCAAGUGCAACAAUGGAGCUCACAUGGCUCCUGCGCAUGUUGGGAGCGCAGUGCGUGGCCAACCCGAAAAAUUGUGAUUUUGUGAUGUGCCAUCGUUCCUUUCACGAGCACGUUCCGUUAUUGCCGCAUCUGAACGAAUUGAAACUAGGAGCCACGGAAUUUGUGCUCUGGGGUCAUUCCACUGGGGCCAACAUCAAGAAACCCAUACUUAUGUUCCCAGCAGGUGGCAUCCUCACGUUGACCUACGAAGCCCUCUGCCACCCGGGUGCAGCAAAGUUCCUUGAACGGUUCAAAAAGCUUGCGAGGACGGCGACGCCCGGCCGAGAGUGGGGAUGUGUGCUGCACCCUGAUGUGGCGCAAAAGAUAAAACCAAUAGAUGGGAUCGAACCCGCCCUUCAGCACGAUCGGUUGGUGGCAUGGCAUCACAUCAUGAUGCUGGAGCAUGAACGCUUUCUGAGAUUCGCGACGCCUGAUGAUGUAUACUUCGCUGACUCGCAGGAGGAUCUAGCUAAAUCCGAGCACGCAAUGAUGUUGCGCCUACAGUACAUAUGGAGCCUGAACUUCCGGCAUUUCGUCGUGGUCAGGGCUGAGAAUCAAGAUCAGCAGCCACUCGUCGGGGGUAUUGAUGAGAUCAAUGCUGAUCAAUUCUUUGAGCGAUACAUGCCAUGGGCGAAUGCGUAGUGGAAUGCCGAUCCCGGGCUGGCAUAGAUCUCUUUGAGCAUACAAUCAGCAUGGCGUAGUUCUAGGCAUGUUCGCAUUUGGCGAGAUGUAACGGCUAUACCAGAAUUUUGGGACGGCAAGGUCUUACACACAGUUCGGUACAUAGUUUCGUUUUUGGGCUCCAGUUUGUAAUAUUAGGGUAUAUGUACAGAAUGCAACAGAUGCCAUGCAGUA